AUGACUGCCGAAAAGACGGACGCCUUGAAGCCAUACCUGCAACUCCUACUAAGCGUCAUGAAUGAAAUGUUCGCUGGACUCAGGUUCGCCAACAAGAAAACCCAGCAGAUCGCUUUGAGUAGACUUCAAAAGCGCAUGGAGGCUGUUUCCGCAAAAUUGUCCAAUGACAAUGAUAAUGGACAAGAAGCGGCGCCGGACGAGCAGACGACUGCAGUGAAGAGACGACAACUUACUGAUGCCGAGAUACUGGAGAAUAAGAGCUUCAUGCCCGAGAAGCCAGAGGAUCUGGCGUAUGUACCCGGACUUAUUGGAGGUAACUCCAAGAAGCUGACUUGCUACAUAGUGAACUUUCAUCUCCAAGAUAUAGAGCCCAUGGUAUGGAAUGACAAGGCCUGCGAGCACUUGGUGUACGACCCCCAGCAGAAAGACUUGGUCCUGUCUUUCGUUGAGAGCCACGGCCGCGCGUCCACACUACAAAGGUAUGUCAUGACCUUGGAGGGAAUGGAGAGCUGCAUCAAGGUCACAAACCCGCAGGCGGGAAAGAGUCAAGGCUCAAAGGAUGACAACGGCGGUCUGUAUGGGUGA